AUGCAAGUGACAAUAUAAAAUAAAUCAACAAGAUAUUACAAGUGCAUAUAUAUACAAAUUCAUGUCCCUCACCAAAACCAAAGCAAAAAGAUAGAAAAAAGUUUAAGAGAUGCAACGAUUCAGCAACUCAGUGAUAGGUUUCUUGAACUUCUUCACACUCUUAGCAUCAAUACCAAUAAUAGGAGCAGGACUAUGGAUUUCAAGAAGCACAACAACAUGUGAAAAUUUCUUCCAAACACCACUUUUAAUUAUAGGAUUUAUUGUUCUUAUGAUUUCACUAUUUGGUUUCAUAGGAGCAUGUUUUCAUGUGGCAUGGGCACUUUGGGUUUAUUUGGUGAUUAUGUUGUUGAUCAUAGCAGCUAUUUUAGGGUUGACUAUAUUUGGAUUUGCUGUGACUAGUCAAGGUGGGGGUGUUGAAGUUCCUGGUAGGGUUUAUAUGGAAUAUCAUCUUGAGAAUUAUUCAAUAUGGAUGAGGAAUAAGAUUAAGGAUCCUCAAUAUUGGAGUACUAUGAGGAGUUGUAUUAUGGGGUCUAAUACUUGUUCUAAACUUGCUUCUUGGACCUCUCUUGAUGUCAUGGAGAAGGAUAUGUCUCCAAUUCAGUCUGGAUGUUGUAAACCACCAACAUCAUGCAACACCAACAUGGAAGACAAUGAUUGCUACCGUUGGAACAAUGCAGCAAACAUACUAUGUUACAAUUGUGAUUCAUGCAAAGCUGGUGUACUUGAAAACAUAAGAAGAGAUUGGCACAAGGUCUCAGUUCUUAGUGUUGUUGUUCUUGUUUUUCUUAUAGGAAUAUAUUCUAUUGGAUGUUGUGCUUUCAGAAAUUCAAGAAGAGCUCAAACUGAUUAUCCACAUGGUGAAAAUCGUAUGUCUAAAGUUAGACCUAGAUGGGAUUAUCAUUGCUGGAGAUGGUUUCAUGAAAAGAAGGAGCAGCUUUUUUAGCAAAAAGAAACAUCAUCGCAAUGUGUAGUAUAAAACCGUUUGGAUUAAUGUUGAAAAAUAAAAUAGCGUUGAAAACCACAUCUCAUUUCAAUAAAAUGUAAACAUAAUAAAUAACUUAUUAUUGGAA